CACAGAUAGAGAGGGAGCGCAAGCCAGUGAUCCACUGGUAUCAUGUCUUCCAUAUUGGAAAGGAAGUGAUUUUAGCACACCCUAGAAGAAAAUAGCCAUUCACUGCUGAAAAUCUGAGCCCAUUCUGGUUUCAGGUUGGGACUGAGGGGCUGGGCCGCCCUGUCUUGCCCUCGGCCGGCUCUAGAACGAGGAUCUACUGUGUUUUUAUUGUGAGAUUUCAUCCGCAAAUCGUGGAAGAUGGCCGACGUACCGGCGGAGUGCACCAUCAAAGUAAUGUGCCGUUUCAGGCCCUUGAACAGUUCAGAGGUGGCCAGAGGGGACAAAUACAUCCCCAAGUUUCAAGGGGAAGACCAUGUGGUCGUCGGGAGCAAACCGUUCCAGUUUGACAGAGUGUUCCAGCCGAAUACGACACAGGAGCAAGUAUAUAACGCCUGCGCCCAGAAGAUUGUCAAAGAUGUUCUGGAGGGGUACAAUGGGACAAUAUUUGCAUAUGGACAGACGUCUUCCGGCAAAACACACACGAUGGAGGGUAACCUCCAUGACACAGAUGGAAUGGGGAUCAUCCCCAGGAUAGUGCAGGACAUCUUUAAUUACAUCUACUCCAUGGACGAGAACCUGGAGUUCCAUAUCAAGGUUUCAUAUUUUGAAAUUUACUUGGACAAGAUUCGGGACCUCUUGGAUGUGUCAAAGACAAACCUGUCAGUGCAUGAAGACAAAAACAGAGUUCCCUAUGUCAAGGGAUGCACUGAGAGAUUUGUCUGCAGCCCAGAGGAAGUCAUGGACACCAUCGACGAAGGCAAAUCUAACAGACACGUAGCAGUUACAAAUAUGAACGAGCACAGCUCCAGAAGCCACAGUAUCUUCCAGAUCAACGUGAAGCAGGAGAACACUGCUACAGAGCAGAAACUCAGCGGCAAGCUCCACCUCGUCGACCUGGCUGGAAGUGAAAAGGUCAGCAAGACAGGAGCAGAGGGUGCCGUGUUGGACGAGGCCAAGAACAUCAACAAGUCUCUGUCAUCACUGGGCAAUGUCAUUUCAGCCCUGGCUGAAGGCUCUGGCUAUAUCCCGUACAGAGACAGUAAAAUGACCAGAAUCCUUCAGGAUUCUUUGGGGGGGAACUGCAGGACCACCAUCGUCAUCUGCGCCUCCCCCUCCGCCUACAACGAGUCGGAGACCAAGUCCACCCUCAUGUUUGGACAGAGAGCGAAGACCAUUAAGAACACGGUGUGUGUGAACGUGGAGCUGACGGCAGAACAGUGGAAGAAGAAGUAUGAGAGGGAGAAGGAGAAGGGAAAGGCCCUGAGGAACACCAUCACCUGGCUGGAGAAUGAGCUCAACCGCUGGAGGAACGGUGAGAGUGUGCCGGUGGACGAGCAGUUUGACAAGGAGAAGGCCCAAGCUGAGGUGCUGGCCCUGGACAAUGUGCCCAACGACAAGCCUGCCUCCACCCCCAACAUGCCCCAGCUCCGUCUGACUGACGCUGAGAAGGACAAGUGUGAGGUGGAGCUGGCCAAGCUCUACAAGCAGCUGGACGAUAAGGAUGAUGAGAUCAACCAGCAGAGCCAGCUAGCUGAGAAGCUCAAGCAGCAGAUGUUGGACCAGGAAGAGCUGCUGGUGUCGUCGCGGCGCGACCAUGAUAACCUGCAGUCGGAGCUGAACCGCCUGCAGGCUGAGAACGAGGCUUCCAAGGAUGAGGUGAAGGAGGUUCUGCAGGCAUUGGAGGAGCUGGCUGUUAACUAUGACCAGAAGAGCCAGGAGGUGGAGGACAAGACCAAGGAGUUUGAGAUGCUCAGCGACGAGCUCAAUCAGAAAUCGAGCGUCCUGACGUCCAUUGACUCUGAGCUGCAGAAACUGAAGGACAUGAGCAACCACCAGAAGAAGAGGGUCUCUGAGAUGAUGUCAUCACUACUGAAAGACCUGGCAGAGAUUGGCAUCGCCGUGGGCAGCACCGAGAUCAAGCAACACGACGGCAGUGGUCUGAUAGAUGAGGACUUUACGGUGGCUCGUUUGUACAUCAGUAAGAUGAAGUCGGAGGUGAGGACCAUGGUGAAACGCUGUAAGCAGCUGGAGAGCACCCAGUCAGAGAGCAACAAGAAGAUGGACGAGAAUGACCAGGAGCUGGCCGCCUGUCAGCUAAGGAUCCAACAGCACGAGGCUAAGAUCAAGUCCCUGACAGAGUACCUCCAGAACGUGGAGCAGAAGAAGAGACAGCUGGAGGAGAACGUUGACUCUCUGAGCGAAGAACUAGUGAAGAUCAGUGCCCAGGAGAAAGUCACCGCCAUGGAGAAGGAGAACGAGAUCCAAUCUGCCAAUGAAGUCAAGGAGGCUGUGGAGAAACAGAUCGCUGGUCACCGUGAGGCCCAUCAGAAACAGAUCAGCAGCCUCAGAGAUGAGCUGGACAAGAAGGCGCACCUCAUCACAGAACUGCAGGAUCUGAACCAGAAGAUCAUGCUGGAACAGGAGCGUCUCAGGGUGGAACACGAGAAACUCAAGUCCACCGACCAAGAGAAGAGCCGCAAACUUCACGAGCUAACGGUGAUGCAGGACCGGAGAGAGCAGGCCAGACAGGACCUGAAGGGAUUGGAGGAGACAGUGACCAAGGAGCUCCAGACUCUGCACAACCUGAGGAAGCUCUUUGUCCAGGACCUGGCUACCAGAGUGAAGAAGAGUGCCGAGAUGGACUCUGAUGACACAGGAGGCAGCGCAGCUCAGAAACAGAAGAUCUCCUUUCUGGAGAACAACCUGGAGCAGCUUACCAAGGUUCACAAACAGCUGGUCCGUGAUAAUGCAGACCUGCGCUGUGAGCUUCCUAAACUGGAGAAGCGUCUGCGUGCUACGGCUGAGCGGGUCAAGGCCCUGGAGUCGGCGCUGAAGGAGGCCAAAGAGAACGCCGCACGCGACCGCAAACGCUACCAACAGGAGGUGGACCGCAUCAAAGAUGCCGUCAGGGCCAAGAACAUGGCCAGGAGGGGCCACUCCGCUCAGAUCGCCAAACCCAUUCGUCCUGGCCAUCCUCCAGUGGCGUCUCCCACCCACCCCAACGUGAACCGCAGCGGAGGGGGUUUCUACCAGAACAGCCAGACCGUGGCCAUCAGGGGAGGGGGAGGCAUGAAGCCAGACAAGAAACUGGAGGGGACAUGACCACAGAAGAUGCAGAUGGAUAUCACCCUGGCAACCUGUCAUUCCAUUACAGCCAUUGCCUCCCUGCAGGCUAUAUAUUAGAGAGAGUGAGGAGUUUUAAUAUAAAUAUAUAAAUAUUCCUGGCCUGUACAGAUCCACCUACCUUCAUGUUUCCUCUCUCUGGAAAAAAGCGACGACGAAAUUAAUUUAAUAUACAAAACAAAACACAGAACAAGACAUCCACCAACUGCAGAGUACAGUCUUGGCGCAAUGAACUACAUUUGACUUGAAUUUGUAGUUUUGUUUGUCAUCUUUGAUGUCUUAAGGUUUAGUCUGCACUGUGCCAAUGUGAAUGUACGAUAACCGGGAUUUCAAAAGAGAUGAGAAAAAUAAGAAGCCGACUGAAACAAAAUAAAUAUAUAUGUUGGUCCUUGAUACCACAAACAUUCUUAGGCUAAUCUCUUGUACAGUACAUUUCAUUAUUAUUCUACUGGUUGUACCACACUCUUUCUAUGAAUAGAUUUUACAAGCUUCUUAAAAGGUUUGAACCGAAUAGAUGGCAUUUUGAGCACUACUGUCCUGUUGUACAUAUGUAAUAUGGCACUGCACAUGCUUCCAUAAGAUGUGUUUUGGAUUUGAAAUGCCAAGAGGUGCGAUUUAGAUUUAUUUAAAUACAGAGUACCUUUGGUGGCCAUUGUUUUUAUUAUUAUUAAUAAAGUGACACAAACUGGUGUGGUGACUACAUUAAACAGAUGUGAGAAGGAAAGAGGAGUCUGAUCAGGAGCGAGCUUUCAGGGCUUGCAUCCCAAAUGACACCCUAUAUUUUUACUUCUUCGACGGUUUUAAAUGCGGUGUUAUGCUUGGAUGUUAUUUAUCUAUCUGCACAUUGGAACACAGAUGGCACACACACUCCUGUCCUGUUCUAGCUAGCUAGGUCCUCUCAUCCACUCACCACCUUUGUCCUGACCUCCUCUAAACAAACCAAGGAUAUUGGCUGGUGGUUGUUUUUAAAAUGUUAUUUGUAAAUUAACUGUUUAUAGUACUUUUGUCAAUGGGCUCCUUUCGGUCCCCCCCACCCCCAGUAAUGUCAAGACGAGUGGAGUAAAUACAUCUAGGGGAGCCUCUGUUGAAAUUAAUAUUGGGAAUCGAUAUAAGGCAGGCUCUGACUUUUCCAAAAUCACCCUCUUUUGGUUGAGUCGGGUGAAGUGCACAUGUAAUCUUAUUGUGGAUUGGUGUAGUUGUGUAUCUGUCUCACUGUUCCCUAGCUUGACAAGCAUAUCUGAUCUGUAUUGGUUGGAAUGUUGGAGGGCAGUGUUUGAUUGGCUCGCCCUUGCCACUGAUCAGCCAGUUAGAUGAGCAGGGGGCCUUCGGCUAGGAAGGAGAUUGGUCGGGUUCAGUCCGCUGGUAAACUAGUCUAGGUCCGAAAUGGCACAGCCCAAUGGGCCCUGGUCAAAACGACAUAGUGAAUACGGUGCCAUUUCAGAUGCAGCCCAUCCUAAAGCAGUGCAUCUUGGGAAGUGGUUUAAUAUUCAUCAAUUUUGUAGUCGGGAGCCAAGGACUUUAUACAUUUUACACUUCUUGUCUUGCCUUUGUUGUUUUCUUCCCGAAUCCCCUUCAAUUAUCUUUUCUUAUGUGAGUAAAAUGUCUCUCCAACCCUUGUUUUUAUGUCAUGUUGUGUAAACUCUGAAGCAUUUGCUAAAAUGUUGCUGUGAUUUGUAGCCCAGCAUAAAACAAAAACACUGACAUCUUGUGAGUACAAUUAUUAUAUAUCAACGAAAUAUUGUUAUGUGUGACCAGGGUUGAGUCUUUUUAAUAGUCUGCAGCCACGAUAAGGUGUUGGUGUUUUAGGUUAUGAACGUUUGUUGUCUUGGAAGGAUUUGACAUAAAAUUGACAGAUAGCACUUCAGAAUUCUUCUCCAUAUACUCCUGCGCUUAGUGUAAAGUUUAAACCUUAAACUGGGUUAGAAAAUACUCCAAUUUGUGGUAACUUAUGGGGGUGUAAACCAUGAUUUUCUGUUAUUAGAGGCUAUUUUGGGAGAGGUAGGUAGCCUAUUCCUUUGACAGGAUAAGUCUAUCAAGUUUUCCUCUGUGUAACCUUUAGAACAGUAAAUGCUUUGCAACAUCGUCUCCAAAGUGCAUAGUACCCUAUCCUUACCUGCCAGGGUUCCACUGUACUCCAUCAAUUUAAUGGAUAUGAAAUGGGAAAGUACAGAAAAAGAACAACUACCAUUUGUCCAUGAUGUUUACCAAAUUCAUUUGUUUGCAUUGAUUCUCAAGAAAAGCGUAGCCACUAUUUUAUUACUGUGUAAUAGUUACUUACAUUUCUAAUUGACAGAUAAGGAUUCCAUCAAUGGAAAAAGGUACUGGAUCAUUCCUAGGCUACGUCCCAAAUGGCACCCUAUUCCCUAUGUAGUGCACUACUUUUGACUACAUGGGGAAUAGGGUGCCAUUUGGGACGGACCCAUAGAGAACUGGGGGACAAUCGCAGCACUCUCAUUGGAGGAGGUGGAGGGGAUGUUAAAGGUUUAAUGAUAUCACCAUUUUGGAUUGACUGCAUGAUGUAAAUGUAUGUGUGAUUAAAUAUGAGAACCUA